AUUUGAUGGAUGGUUUCCUCUUGGUAAGACCGGGUAUUUACCUUUUUCACGCUAGUCAACAAAUCCCUUGCCACAUGAGAGCAAGGAGAUUGUUUUUCUCUGCUCCGUCAGAAGGCCAUGGAGAUAAGAUAGAGUCAGUUCUCCAAGAUAUAAAGUUCCUAUUCAGGAAGUCUUUUUGACUUCAGUGCUCAAGCGAAAAGAAAGCCUAUACGGGAAGCUGCGUUUUCAUCCGUUUGGAAAACGGAAUUUAAUGCGAUUUGGAGACAACACAAAGACAAGACGGGCACAAACACCUGCACUUUCGGCGAUUGAGCUUGGCCCCAAUCCAUAGGCCGGCCAAUCUCGAAACUGAACGAGGAAAGCUUUCUCCGUCGAAGCUUCAAGUGCCAGGACUCAUCUCCUGGAAAACAAAGCUAAUUUCAAUUGACUCAGAUUGAGGGUGAACAUUUCUUUGUGGUCUUGAAACGAUGGAUGUGCUUCAAGGGACAUUUCGACGACGCAGAGUCAUUUCCAGGUUGGACCCCUCAGGACUGGCCUCCGCUUCAAACCCGACCUUAAGUCCAACCAUGGACCUUCUCGUGAAAUCUGCCCCUGGACCCGAUUCCUUGGAAUCCUUGGCUUGUGAGUGCUUGGCAGACUAUAUCGUCUCACUUUUGGCUAGACGACAGCCAGGGGGUGGUCCCAAGGGAAACUUUCCCGCAAUGGAACACGCGUUGAUUCAAAACUUCCAAAGUUGGAUCAGUCAACUGAUAAGCCCUAUUUUGCCCGAUGUAUUGGCAAUCGCCAAUGUUAAAUUACGAGGUCUCCUUGACCGCACCCAACCGGACCAUGUCACGUUAUUGCCAAUCCUCAUCUCCACCCUACUCGAAAUGAUGUAUCGCCAGGAUCUGAAGGGCCUUGUUCUUGAACCUGAGCUUCAAUGGCACAAGGACAGUCGGAGUCGUGUUCUUCACUUGAUCCAUCUCCAGGAAUCUGGUCUCCAAUCACUGUCGUUUAAGUGUUACCAAGCCCCAUUGUUCCACUACGAAACACUGCAAUUUUCGGAGCGAUAUAUUCUCCUCAGUUGUUUCUAUCGACUUUCAAAAUUGCAUUGUUUGACUUUGCCGAAUGUGUGUGAUGAUGAGAUCUUGGCUUAUAUCGGACUUCACUGUCCUCUAUUGACCUACAUUGACAUUCAGGGGAGUUUGAGGGUUACCAACCAAGGCGUGUCUUGGUUUCUAUUUCGAGAGGAUCCCCCGCAAUCACCCAUAAGUUUUCAUCCAUCCCACUUAAAUUUGGAUGACUCACUCAAAUCCAAGAUAUUUCAAAAAUCCUCUCCCAUUUCUCGGCCAGGAUUUCGUCCCACACCCAUGACAGCAGCCAUGUUAAAGCCCUGUCCACAGAAACGUAAUCAAUUAAAACGAAUCAAGUCCUGGAAAUUGCGUGACACUGGAAUAACACACGCGGCCUUGAAGGCCAUCCUUCAAGAUUGCUCUGGUCUACAUGUGCUGGAAGCCAAUGAGAAGGAGUGGAUCGAUUUCAUUGAGGCUUCCGCCGAAGCUACCAUGUCUUACCCCGGCAUCCGAGAUAUUCACUUAUCCAUUAGAGAUUCUCAAUUUUUGAAGGCUCUGUCCAAGAUGUUCCCCAAUUUGCAAUUCCUGCACGUGUUCAGCCCUUUGCCGUGUUCCCAAGAACUUUUAACUUUAGAUUCAACAGAGGCCUACUUUCCAAAGUGCCAGAGGAUUAGCAUGAGGAAUGCCCAUCUGUGCCAUCCCAGAAACAUCUGGUUAGGCCAACAAUUGACCAACCUUGAAUUCAAAGGCCAACAACACGAGUUGAAUCUUGACGUCUUGGCGGAACAGUGCCCACAUCUACAACAAUUGAGUGUCUUUGAAGGUCGUCUGAGCCAUCAAGGUCCAAUUGAGUUUCCACAGUUGACCCAUCUCAAGGUCUGGAACAUUGAUGGCAAGGGCCCUUUGUCUCUCCUGAUUUGUUCCGCUCCACAAUUGGAAGCAUUAUUUUUGUGGAAUGUCGUCGUGACAGACUCGGAUUUGAGUGUGAUUUUAUCGAAAAACCCAUUGCAAGAGCUCCGUGAGUUUCGCAUUGCGUCCAGUGAAAUUGGUUUUGUUCGACUCACUGAAGAAUCGGCUCUUCGAUUAAUUCAAUCCUGUCCCAAAUUGUCUGUUUUGGGGGGAAUCUGCGAUUGGAACACAAGUGAUCUCCUGACAUUCCUCCACAAGUUGCUUAUUUCGGGUGGAUGGAAAAUGAUUUUGGAAGCUAUUUGAGGGUGUUCAUGUCAUUCUUUCUUGGGUAAAGGACUCUACGUAUAGUGUCCUUGCACUGCUUUGGGUUACAAUUCAUACAUUUUGUUCGGUUCAGA